AUGCUAGUAAAUUUUGUUUUAAUGUGUCUAAUAACUGAUUUGCUACCAUGCAUUAUUAGGUUAUGCAUUGGAACCAGUAGAGCCACUAACAUACUAAGUUUUACAGAGACUUGUGUAAAAAAAUAUUAUUUGCCGUUGAUAGAUUAUCCAUUGGGUUGGGGGUUAAGGUGGAUGACACUAUUUUUCACACCUGCAUUUGUAAAUUUGCCCCUAUCAAAAUGGAUUUCUUGCAGAGAAGCGUUUUUAAUAGUUGCAGUUUUUGUUUUUGGUUUGCUUCUAGGAUUUUUAAUUAUUGGGUGGACCUGUGUUUUCACCAGGAAAGUAGUUGAAUUGUUAACGCGGAAAGGGAAGAAUAACACCAAACAGGAUAAUAUUACUUGCAAUGAGGCUGAAAAGGAGAAAUCAGAAUUUGACCCUAAAAAGAGCAAUAGGACAUUAAGCAGUGGCAUGAAAGAACAACAAGAGGAGGACGAUGAAGAAAGACGUGAGAAUGAAUCUUUGAUCAGUGGUUUAGCCGAACAGAAUGAUGGUGCUAAUAGCAACAAUAAUUUAUUUGAAGGGCUUGAUAUGGAGAAUUCAAGACUAUUAGAAACAUAUGAGCCUGCCGCCAUUAAAAGAAGUAACACUUGGAAUUCUAUAUACAAUACUAAUAGCAAAAACAAAUAUACCCAUUAUUACGAUGAAAAUGUUGAUGAUGAUAAUAUAUCAUUAGUUAAUUUGGCAUCGCAUACCAAUCUAGACUAUGAUAUGGCAUCUUUUCCUCCAACAGAUAUCAACCAUGUUGAUAAGAGUAUUAAGGGAGUUGAUGGUGAAAAAGCAUACGUCAAGUAUAACAGCUUGAGCUUUGCCAACGAUAAUCUAAAGAAUGCAUCCAUACUUGAUUUUAUUAAAAGACAGCAAAAAAAGUACUAUAACCCUGAAAUUGUAUGUAAACGAGCAGAAAUACAGCAAGAACAAUAUAGCACAGAUUCCAGGACCACCAAUGCUAAUACUGCUAGAAACAAUAAUAUUAAUAAUUAUUAUAUUGACGAAGAUUUAGCUAUUAGUGAGGAAAGGGAGAAGAAUGCCAAAAUUAUGUUGUUUUGGGAAUCCCAUUUUCAUCAUUUUGUUUACUUUAUAGCUUGGUUCACCAUAGGUAUAUGGACGUAUUAUUUUACUUCCUAUGUCAUGCCAUUUCAGCUAUUCACCUUAAUAUGUACUUUUAUGUUGGUUACCGACUUCAUACCAUCUACAUUUAAGUACAAGAGAAUAUUACACCCAGUUUUAUGUAGUGUUGCUCUUUCUUUAUUGGUUUUUUUAAUAUCUGCUUUGAUUAACAACAGAGGGGAAAUAUCUUUUUUUUUAAAAGACCUUAAACAUUUCCAGACCGGCAGGAAUUAUUUAAAGUUAUUCAAAGAUAAGCAAAAGGGCAUACAAUAUUGGCCCGGUGCUGGUGAUUUUUUCAGUAGCUGCAUGGAUGUAUCGAUUACAGCGCUAUCUAUACCAAUGUAUUCAUAUAGAAAGGAUUUAUACUAUAAUGCGCAUGUAAUGCUUCCUCCCAUAUUCAUAUUUACGAUUGGUAAUUUAUUUUUAUAUCCAUUAAUAUCCCAUAAAAUAGGUAUAAGCCCGGAAAACAGUAUAGGAUACAUGGGGAGAAGUAUUACUUUGGCAUUGGGGACACCGGCAAUUACUAAUUUCAAUGGCAAUGUAACGGUCAUGGCUGUGACCACUGUCGUUACUGGUGUAUUGGGUGUUUUAAUUGGUGAUCGUUUGAUGAAGAUAUGUAGGAUACCAGUGGAAGAUGAUCCUGUAAUUAGAGGGUUGACGUUGGGUUGUAAUUGUACAGCCAUUGCCACAGCAUAUUUAUUGGGUAUUGAUGUUAGAGCAGCAGCCAUUAGUUCUUUGUCUUUUGUUGUUUAUGGCACUAUUAUGGUUGUUUUAAGUUGUAUAGCACCAGUAGUUAAAUUUGUAGACGUGACAUUGGCUGGAAUGGCUUGA